UUCACCAUUGAGACACCAUCCUCAAAUGUUGCCCCCUAACCCCCUUAAGUGAUCUUUUGGGCAGCUAAUGUCGAUUCUGUUAAUGCUGAUUCAAGAAAGAUGGAGCAACGGAAAAACAAGGGGAUGAUCUGAAGGUGGUUUAUACAGCUAUAGUGUUUACUUAGGGGUUAACUUGUAUAGCUACUGUUGACUUGUUAUGUGUCAUGUACAUCUAAACACAGGCUCUUGAAGCAACUUUGGAGCAGACUGUGCAAGAUGGGGGACUUGGAAAAGUUGAUGAGCAGCAGGAGCACGUAUCUUGUCAAGCAAGAUGAGUGUAUGAAGAAAAUCCGAGAUUUGGACUCAUUGCCUGCUGAUGCUUUUGAAACCUAUAUUUCCAUUUGUUUUAUCUUGCUAAACUGGCUAACUCAGCUGCACAAUACCUUUUUUUAUAGUGUUAACCAUGUUGUAGUUAUUUUCUCGCCAAUAAUAAAGGUACAAGAGAAAUAACAAGCAGCAGCUGCUUUAUGGCUGCACUGAGCAUUUGAAGUAAUUAGUCCUUCCUGAACUUCACCGAACAGCGGAGAAGACGGGCUGAACUUGAUGUUGGUGACGAGGCAAGUUUUUUGAUCAGUACAACUUGGUUCCCUUGUGAUUGUCCUAAUACUAGAAUCUCACAAAAUCUGCUGAUUGGUAUUGCUGCAUACUAGAGAGUUGGUAUCAGUUUUAGACCAAAGGAAGGAUGAAUCAAUUGAACGCACAUUUAAAGGAGUUGCAAGGCACUCCCACGAAGUGUUCUCUGAAUUAGUGCAAGGUGGCCGUGGAUACUUGGUUAUGAUGAAGAAAAAGGAUGGUGAUGCUGGUGAUGGUGACAUGGAUGACGACCCACCUCACGAACCAGAUCCUGAAGGGAGGAUAGAGUAGUCUAUAUUGGUGUGAAAGUCAAGGCAUGUGUUCUUUGCAGAGAUCUGUUAUGUAUUCAUGCAUACAUUAUUCUAAAUCCAGCAUAAAAAUUCAUAUGAUGUUCUGAUACAAUUCAUAAAAAAAAAAGAACUAUUCCCCAGUUAUCAAGCUCUUCCUGAAUCACUAUGGUGAUGACACCCUGUUUGAUUUUUCCUCAAAUUUGUUAAAGGCUGUCUGUUUGGAGACUCAUGCUUAGUCAUGUUUCAGGUUUCCUAAACUGGCAAGGGAGAAACUCGGUCCAUGAAACAGUUGUCUGGAGGGCAGAAGACAAUGGUGGCGAAUAGCUGGGUGAUCUUCGCUAUCCAACGAUGUGAUCCAGCUCCGUUCUACCUGUUUGACGAGAUAGAUGCUGCUCGGGAGUAUCCUUUCAUUAUUUCUUUGUGUUGCCUGUUUAUCCCCGCCAUAAAUGAAUUGGGUUUUUGCUUCAUAUGCCUGUUUUUUGAAACAAACAUCUCAUGCCUUCAUAUAUCUGUUUAGCUGGGUGCAUGCAUUGCCCAACUAUGCCCUCCUGUGUUCGAGUAAAUUGCAGAAAACCACCAGUUUGAGGGCUAGGUUUGCAGAAAUCACUACGUUACAGUUUCUUGGCAAAAACACCAAGUCUACCGUAAACAAUUUGCAGAAAGCACUGAUCGGCGGAUCGGGGUCAGUUAAGCUUGUUUAUGACAGGUGGGCCCUUUUUUGCGUACGUGGCACCGUCGGCCGUUAGAUGGCGUUUGACGGCGCCGUAUGACUCUGUUUGAUGGACCGGUCAAAAGACCGGUCGGUGCUGCCCCCCACUCCCCACUCCCCACUCUGUCUCGCUGCUCUCUCGCUCGCUCACUCCUCUGUCUUGCUCCUUUGCUUUGAUCGCCGCACCCGCUGCCGCGUCGCCGCGCCCCCGCCGCGUCGCCAUGGUGUCCUGGAGCGAUGGGUCCGAUAGCAGCGAGCACCCCGUGGAGUACGUCAGCUCAGGUUCUGACGAUGGCAGAAUUAAGAUCCCUGAUACCACUGAAGAGUCCGAUUUCGAGGGACUUGAAACGGAGUUGCUUGUUCUCUGCAAUGAACAUGGGAAGGCCGCAGAAAGGCGUGUUGCUUUCCAAGGAAUCCACACUGGCAGGAGGUUUCUUUGCUGUGCUGAGAAGGAAGGUAGAAACUGUGGAUUAGUUGAAUGGAUAGAUCCAGCUUGUCCUAACACCCUUGAGAAUGCAUUAUCCAAGUUAUGGUUUAUGUAUGAACAAAGUAAGAGAGAUAGGACUGAGGAAAAUCUUUUGCAUUCAUUUGCUGUUCAUGACUUGACACAAGAGAAGAAGAAGCUGCAGGAGCUAUGAGAAGUUGGUUGAAGAUGUGAAUGGAAUUUUGGAUGCUCAGGAAAGGAGGGCAGAGGUAGAAAGGAAAGAUGUUGAAACCAACAAGCUUCAGGAGAAGUAUGACAUGGUUAAGAACCUAGCAGCUGCUCAAGCAAAUGUCAUUAGGAACAUGAAGCUCAAGCUAGCUGAAGAGAGGAAGAACUUGCAGAACCACAUUGAUGAGCUGAAGAAGACAGUUGAAGAGAGCAAUGUGAAGCUGCAGGGGGUCAAGACCAUCAUAAAUGGACAAGCAGGUGAUUGUGGAAGAGAAGAGUGGGCAAUAUCAUUUGACAUUUGCUGACCUUUUGCAGAGUGUUGUUUGGCAUUUGCUGUAAUGAUGGUAGUUUAAAUUCUAUGAACUAUGAGUACUUCUGAACUAUGGUGAUGUAAUGUAGUAAUCUUCAACUAUGAUUAUGUAUGGAUUUGAACUAAUGCUAAAUGCGGUGGUAUUUGGAG